AUGGCGUACAUGCUCCUUCUCUUGGCAUACAUGGAUCUAGCGGCAGCCUUGGCCAUCACGCUAUGUUCGUCCACCAACCUCGGCUCGGGCCAGACGUCCGACUCAUACAUGUCCAACGGCUAUUGCCGGGACUACUGUGCUGAUGCCGGCUACUCGGUUGCAAUCACACAGAACUACGACUGCUGGUGCUCCAACACCGUGCCUGCCGAUGUCGUGGAUGAUUCCCAGUGCGACAUUGGAUGUCCUGGCUAUAGUGAGGAAGAGGUCUGCGGAGGUGACGGCGUGUACGGCUAUGUUGUGUUUGGCAGUGCGUCCACGGCGACCCGUUCGGACCAAAGCACUGCGUCCACGGCGACCCGUUCGGACCAAAGCACGUCCUCCUCCAAGCCCGCUACAACCCGAUCAUCGAGCUCUAGCUCUAGCUCUAGCUCUAGCUCUAGCUCAAGCUCAAGCUCAAGCUCAAGCUCAAGCUCUACAUCAACGCCCAGCACCUCGCAGCCGGCCCCACCCACCUCUUCUACAUCAUCGGAAACAUCUGCAACCACGGAUUCCGUGGCGCAAGUUGCAUCGUCACCUAUCGUGUCGGCACUUCCAUCGAGUGAGUCCUCCUCCUCGCCUGCAUCACCCUCAGCAUCACCCUCAUCCUCAGCAUCAACAUCAGCAUCAUCCCCACCAGUAUCAUCGGACAUUGCCAUGGUCACACGAGCGACCACAAUCGUGUCGGUGGUCACAAUCGAUGGCACUUUAACCCAGCUGGUGCUGACUAAGUACGUCACGGCCACGGCCAGCACGUCGGCGUCCGCGUCGCUGCUGUCCGCAGCGGCACUGGGCAACUCAUUUUUCGACUCCACAGCCAAAGUCGCCGGCACUUUCACUGCGGUGGGCGUUGUUGCGGCUGCUUUGGUGGCCGCGUUGCUCUAUUGCUGCUGCUUCGCAGCCAGAACACACCGCGACGACUACACGGAUGAGGAGAAGCAGUACACGUCGGACGAUACGUCGGUCACAAACGCGGCACCCGUGGGCACGCCCGGCGGGCCAAGCCCGAAAACGCGCUCGUCAUCACAUUCGAGCCUGCGACGGAGCAGUAUCAGCAAGCCCAUCAUGUCGAUGUUCAAUGCCGUUUCUGGGGGCACGGGAGGCAUUGCGUCCGCGACACUUGGGCGCAGCCUGUCGCGUAAGAAUCUCAGUCCGAAAAACGAGGUCCAGGACACUGGGGGUCCCAUCAUGGCGCCGAUCCUGGAGUUCGACAACGUCUUAGAGCCCCAUGCUAUGUUUGAGGAGUACAACAAUUCGAUGAUGUCGCUCAACGACGAAAACGACUAUUCCCGCCGGAUCUGGCACGUGACCAACCCGGAACACUCGGACGGCUGA